UCAAAGUGUAUCCAUUGACCGUAGCACGCGAUUGGACGACUUAAUGUUAUGAAACUUCAUUGGAUAGACGGACACACGCCUUUUGUCAACCCGAAAGAGCACAACAGUCGACAAGGUGAUCCAUGUGUGACUGACUCAGUCAACAGAAAGCAUGCUGACUGCACAGAGGGCAUGUGCAGCGCUGGCUGCCCAGCGCCUAGUUAGGGCUUCUGUCUCCUCAGCACACACACACUGCUCUCUGAUCCACACCUCUAUACCUAGGCAGGACCAGGCUGAGCUGCAUCCUGAAUGGGCCAGUCUGGCUAAAAAACAGCUUAAAGGGAAGAACCCAGAAGAUCUGAUUUGGCGCACGCCGGAGGGAAUCAACAUCAAGCCUGUGUACACCAAAGCUGACUCAGCUGCCAGUGCUGAUGAACUGCCAGGAGUGUUUCCCUAUACUAGGGGGCCCUAUCCUACCAUGUACACCUACAGACCUUGGACUAUCAGGCAGUAUGCUGGCUUUAGCACUGUGGAGGAGAGCAACAAGUUCUAUAAAGACAAUAUAAAAGCUGGACAGCAGGGUCUUUCCGUGGCUUUUGACCUCCCAACACACCGUGGUUAUGACUCAGACAACCCCCGCGUCCACGGAGAUGUCGGCAUGGCUGGAGUCGCCAUAGACACUGUUGAGGACAUGAAGAUGCUUUUUGAUGGAAUCCCACUGGAGAAGAUGUCUGUCUCAAUGACAAUGAAUGGAGCAGUCAUCCCUGUAUUGGCUAUGUUUAUUGUCACUGGAGAGGAGCAGGGUGUGUCCAAAGCCAAACUAACAGGCACAAUUCAGAACGACAUUUUGAAGGAGUUUAUGGUACGCAACACCUAUAUUUUCCCCCCAGAACCUUCUAUGCACGCCAUUGCAGACAUCUUCGCUUACACCUCCAAGCACAUGCCCAAGUUCAACUCGAUAUCCAUCAGCGGAUACCAUCUUCAGGAGGCUGGAGCUGAUGCCAUCCUGGAAGUGGCCUAUACCAUCGCCAAUGGCCUUGAGUACUGCCGCACUGGUUUGAAAGCAGGCUUAACCAUCGAUGAGUUUGCCCCAAGGUUGUCAUUCUUCUGGGGGAUUGGGAUGAAUUUCUACAUGGAAAUUGCCAAGCUGAGGGCAGCCAGGAGGUUAUGGGCCACACUCAUUAAGGAAAAUUUCCAGCCCAAGAAUGCAAAGUCUCUCCUCCUGCGCACACACUGCCAGACUUCAGGCUGGUCCCUCACUGAACAAGAUCCAUACAACAACGUGAUCCGAACGGUGAUUGAAGCUAUGGCAGCUGUGUUCGGGGGGACCCAGUCACUCCACACCAACUCGUUCGAUGAAGCUCUGGGCUUGCCCACAGUGAAGAGCGCCCGCAUUGCCAGGAACACCCAGAUCAUCAUCCAGGAGGAGUCAGGCAUCCCUAAAGUCGCUGAUCCUUGGGGGGGCUCACACAUGAUGGAGUCUCUCACAGAUGACGUCUACAACACAGCCCUGAAGUUCAUUAAAGACAUUGAAGACAUGGGAGGCAUGGCCAGAGCUGUGGCAGAGGGCAUUCCAAAACUUCGCAUUGAGGAAUGUGCAGCACGUAGACAAGCCCGCAUUGAUUCAGGAUCAGAAGUAAUUGUGGGGGUGAACAAAUACCGUCUGGAAAAAGAGGAGAGUGUAGAGGUGCUGGCCAUAGAUAACACUAUCGUACGUCAGAAACAAAUUGAAAAACUGAAAAAGGUGAGGGAAAGUCGUGACCCAGAGGUAGCGAAGAAGUGCCUGGCAGCCAUUGAGGAAUGUGCCCAAACCAGAGAGGGCAACCUUUUAGCCCUGGCUGUGGAGGCAGCUCGAGCCAGAUGCUCUGUUGGUGAAAUUACUGAUGCCAUGAAGAAAGUGUUUGGCGAGCACAAGGCCAGCACCAGGAUGGUGAGCGGGGCUUACCGCAGCGAGUUUGGGGAGCAUGAAGAGAUUGCUCUGGCCCACAAUAGAGUUGCAGAUUUUAAGAAGCAGGAGGGCAGGAACCCUCGACUGCUUGUGGCAAAGAUGGGGCAGGAUGGCCAUGACAGAGGAGCCAAAGUCAUUGCCACAGGGUUUGCUGACCUGGGCUUUGAUGUAGACAUAGGACCACUGUUUCAGACUCCCUCUGAGGUUGCCCAGCAGGCAGUCGAUGCAGACGUUCACUGUGUUGGGGUCAGCACACUUGCCGCAGGACACAAGACCCUGGUCCCAGAGCUCAUCAAGGAACUACGAAAGCUCAACAGGCCAGAUAUCCUUGUCAUCUGUGGAGGCGUCAUCCCACCACAGGACUAUGAGUUCUUGUACCAGAGCGGUGUGUGCGCCAUAUUCGGUCCAGGAACCAGGAUCCCACAAGCUGCGGUCGAGGUUAUUGACAACAUUGAGAAGAGUCUGGAAAACAUCCGGCAGGCCAUGUGAACUCUUUUGGGGGGGGGGGACUACAACAAGAGCUGUCUUCUCAUGCUGUGUCAAGAACAAAGUCACAAGUGAGAGCCAGCAUUUCUGUACAGAAUCCGCUUGACUAGUAGCCUGACAUAACCUCUUCACUUGGAGAAAUGCUGAUUUAGAUAAUUAUUUCCCUUUUGAGGCAUGCUUGUGUGCGAAUUGCAUUGGUUGCCGGGGUUAAUGGGAUAAACGUCCAUUUUUAUGAACAAAAUUAGAUUAUAUUAAGAUAGUCUAGUCUAACUCAGGCUUAAACAAUACAUUAUACACUAAAUUUAAUGAAAUGCGGAUUUUCUUAAUGUGACAGAAAUGUGGCUUGAGGUGAGCAGAGGUGAGCAUUUUCUUCAUCCAAUAUAAAACAAAGGACAACACUAUAAACGUUGGAAUGUAAUGCUUUUAUUGUGAAAUGUCUGUGUGUAAUUUGCAGUUACCCAGCAGGGUGUUAUUAGUGCCGACAUAGCAGAGAUGGAUAUACAGAAAAUUCUGUCAAAACAAAGCUCUUUGGAACCAUUACCCUGUCUUUUAUGUUCAUGGACAAUAAUAAUCUAUAAUCUUGACAGUGGCUUUCUGUUGUUCUGAUCUCUUUCCUUCUGGCAUCAUGUUUAAUUUAACCAGCCUCAGUUCAAGGAGAAAACAGAACAGUGAUCACAAUUUAUUAAGCAGUUGGAAACUGUAUUUUUCUACAUGUGAUUGUGAAUCAGAUCUAGCUCUUCUUGGUCUAAAUAAAGUAUGUGAGCUUUUGAAAUGUGA